AUGGUUGAUUUUGCGGAAACAAUUGAAGAUUGCAGACUUCUCGAUCCGGGAUUCGAUGGUUCAGAGUAUACAUGGGCCAAGAACUGGUUGUUUGAAAGGCUGGAUAGAGUGUUGGUAAGUGAGACAUGGACUAGGAUCUUUGAGGCAACAAUGGUGACCAACCUCCCUCGGGUCUCGUCGGACCAGGGGUCGGUCCUCGCAAGGUGCAAGGUGUUGAACAACACCACUGGAGGCAGAGCCUUUAGGUUCCAAAAUAUGUGGAUCCGACACGAAGGCUUUGCGGAUCUAGUGCAAGAUGUUUGGGAUGAACCUACGGGGGCGGGUGGACUUAUAAACCUGGAGAUUAAGCUAGCAAGGAUCAAAAAGGCCUUUAAGAGGUGGAACAAAGAGAUCUUUGGGAACAUUCACUCCAAUCUCAAGAGUAUGGAAGAUAAGAUUGCUAUGGCCCAAGCCGAGUUUGAGGCAGACCCAACGCCCGUGAACAGGAUCGCGAUUAACAAAAACAUCGCCAACUAUAUUCUCCUCCUUGGGAUGGAAGAGGACUAUUGGCGUCAAAAAGCAACACAUAGGUGGUUGGCCGAGGGAGACAAAAACACUAGGUUCUACCAAAGCUGGGUGAGACAAAAAAGCGUCCGACUACGCAUCCAUUCUAUCCAUGUGAAUGGGCGUGAGCUCACAGAUGAGGCAGAGAUUAAAGAGUCAGCGGUCGAAUUUUACAAAAACCUCCUUGCACCCGACAACCCGGUGCUUUCAGAACCAGACCUUAACAUGAUCCAAAAACUCCCCCUCCGUCCGCACAACUUGCAGAUAUCUCUAACCCACCAGACACGGAGAAAGUCAAACGAGUCGUCUUUGAUAUCUCAGGAGACAGUAAAUCAGGACCUGAUGGGUUCUCGGCCACCUUCUACCAAGCUUGUUGGAGGAUAG